AUGGUUAAAGGACGAAGAAAACGUGGCUCUACAGUAAAUGCUGUUAUUACUCGUUCAUCGGCUUUAGCAGAAACAAAUGGGUCAAUUGUUUCGCCGUUGAAAAAAGAAAUAAAAUUGGAGAAGGAUCAACGAGAGAAUAGAAAAGUUGGUAUAGGUCAUAAGAAAAAAAAUAAUUCAUUGAAAUCUCCUGUUCCUAUUACGUCAUACUUUACAAAGACUAAUGGAUUUAACAAUAAAAUAUCUAAUGAAAGGAUAUCAGAGAGUAUCAAGACAGAAGAUAUGUUUUUUAAAGUAAAACCUGAUAUUAAGGAAGAAAAUGACAAUAAUUCUUCAAUUCAAGAAUUAUUUAAAACUGAUGAAACACCAGUGGCCGUACCAUGUCAGAAUCCGUCCACACCUCAUCGGAUUAAUAUGACAACAGUAGUAAGCGAUGAUUCGGACACGCGAAGUUCAACAGAAAGCAAUGACUCUAAGCCUAUAAUAGAAACUGUUAUUAAUGGACAAACGACAAUUGACAAAGAAGUAAGAAAGAAAAUUAACGGGAAUGCACGAGGAAAAUUGAAAUUCACAGAACCUAUUAUUAGUUCAUCAGCUAAAUCUGCAGUAGCAAAAACAAAUCACAAAGUAACUGAGUACUUUCCUGUACGACGUAGCGUUAGGAAAUGUAAAAAGACUGUACUUGAAGAGAAGCAGCGUGAUCUUGAGAAUAAAGUACUGUGUCAAGUAGAAGAAGGUUUGAUCGUGAAGCAUUUUGUUGGUAAAGGACGAGGUGUCGUGACGACACGUCAAUUUAAAAAAGGUGAAUUUGUUGUUGAGUAUAUUGGUGAAUUGAUUGAUCAAGUUACUGCUAAGAAACGUGAAGCUGAGUAUGCUAAAGAUCAAAAUACUGGUUGUUAUAUGUACUAUUUCCAGCAUCGGAGUCAUCACGUUGAUGCAACAGCUGAGAGUGAAAAACUCGGUAGACUAGUGAAUCAUUCACGUAAUGGAAAUUUGAUAGCUCGUGUUGUAGAAAUUAAAUCAAUACCGCAUUUAGUAUUAACAGCUAAGGAAGAUAUUCCUGCUGGUGUUGAACUAAAUUACGAUUACGGUGAUCGCAGUCGCGAAGCAAUCCAGAAUCAUCCUUGGUUGCUUUUAUAA